AUGUCUCCUACGUCACCUUUACGUCACGUAAUGUUAAAUGGCGUACUACAACAGCAUGCUGUUAGCUCAAACGGAAAAUAUGCAGAUCUGCUUGGUGCAGUACCAAUUGCUGAUCCAAUGUCAAUUCCAAGCAACGAUCAAACUCUUAGAAAAUUAUUGAAAAAAUUAACUACUGACGAUGUAUUGGAUGAAGAAUUUGCGCUUAUUCCAAAUCGACGAAUGUCUGCUGGCGUUUCGACUAGUCAGAAACCAGAAAAUUUGAAGCGUAAUCGUUCAAGAUCAAUAGUACCAUAUGAAGACACACGAAUUAUGCUUCAUUCAAAACAAUCCAAUCCAACUGGUUAUAUAAAUGCUUCUAAUAUUCAGAUACCAAUUGGUAAUCGAUUAUUACGGUAUAUUUUGGCACAAGCACCACUUCCAGAUACAAUUGAAGACUUCUGGCAGAUGAUUUGGGAAUCUGGCACACAACUCAUCGUGAUGCUCUGUGAUGCGCAAGACUUCAAAAAUACAGCAAUACCAAUUUACUGGCCUCAAAAGUUAAUGGCCAAAUUACAGUUAUCGGAUCAUUCAGUUAUGUUACUUUCGAAUACAAUAAGUAAGCAUCAGAUUACAAUGAUAUUUCAACUGAGUAAUAAUAUUAGCGGUGAACGACGUACAAUUUAUCAUCUUCGAUUGAUGGGCUGGAUUACUGGUGGAAUACCAGCAGACGUGAAUUCAUUUUUAGGUUUUAUGGAUGCUGUUAAUAGUGUUCGACGACAUUUAGAAAAUGAAUUACUGAAUGAAACUAAUUAUGGAAACGUUAAUUUUUCAAAAAAAACUCGUAAUAACAGUCAGUUAAAUUUAACGGAUCUAACAAAUCGCAAUAACAGAACAAACACAAAUAAUGAUUUUGGCUACUAUAACUGGUGUAAAAAAGGAUUACAUAUGGUCAAUAAUGCACUACAUUAUUCGCCUUCCAAUACUGUUUCAAAUGAAUGUUCAUCAGCCGAGAGUAGUGGAUUCAUAGGUUCAGAAAUGCCAGCAACAGUAAUACACUGCUUAACAGGUUCACAUGAAUCUGGUGUUUAUCUUUUGAUAGAACUACUUAUACAUUGCAUUGAGCAUAAUAUGAGUAUUGAUAUUGGUAAAACUUUAGCACUGCUACGACAACAACGCAUGUGCUUGGUUAAAACUGUCGAACAAUACCGUUUUGUUUAUUCUGCAGUUAUUAAUUAUUUGCAAAAAUCGCGACUUAUUUAA